AUCAUAUGGCUUUGUUUAUAUCCGGUAACUUAAUCGAAUAGAAUAUAAAUAUUAAUUGUAGAAAAUUGUUAUUUAAUUAAAAUGUUUUUUAAUAUAUAUAAUGAAAACAUGAAAAUAAAAAAAUUUAAAAAUAAUUAAUAAUUAUAUAAGAAUCAAGAAAAUUUUAUAAAAUAUAAAAAUAUUAUUCAAUUUUAUUUUUUAUCCUUUGAUUAAUUUUUAAAUAUGGCUUCUACUUCUAAGAGACAAACUGCAAUUGGAACUAGAAAAAAAGGUGUACCGAAAUUGGAAUUGACUGCUGAACAAAAAAAUGAUAUAAAAGAAGCAUUUGAUUUAUUUGAUCCAGAUGGCACUGGAAGGAUAGCUACCAAAGAACUUAAAGUGGCCAUUAGAGCUCUUGGGAUUGAACCAAAGAAAGAAGAAAUAAAAAGACUUAUAGCUGAUGUUGAUCCAGAUGGUCUUGGUACAUUAUCAUUUGAAGAAUUUCUAAACUUAAUGUCUACAAAAAUGUUAGAAAAAGAUACAAAAGAAGAAGUUUUAAAAGCAUUUCGCCUUUUUGAUGAUGAUAACACAGGAAAAAUAUCUUUCAAAAAUUUAAAACGAGUUGCACGAGAAUUAGGAGAAAAUCUUACAGAUGAAGAAUUGCAAGAAAUGAUUGAUGAAGCAGAUAAAGAUGGUGAUGGAGAAGUUUCUCAAGAAGAAUUUUUACGUAUUAUGAAGAAAACUAAUUUAUAUUAAUAUUUUAUAAUUUAUUCUUAAAUUAUUUAAAAAAUAUUAUUUCUAUACAUAAGUUGCUUAUGAUUUAUAUAAGAAUACUAUUAUUACUAUUAAAUUAUUAUUUGUAUUAUUACAUUAUAAGUUUACAUUAAA